CAUGGUCCACUCCCGGACGCUCGCGCUUCACCUGGCCGCGCUGGGGCUGUUGCUGUGCUGCGCUCCCAGGACACAAGGACGGCGGAGCGACGUGCGCGUCAUCACCGAGGAGAACUGGAGAGAGUUGUUGGAAGGAGAGUGGAUGCUGGAAUUUUAUGCUCCAUGGUGUCCUGCAUGUCAGAACCUUCAACCAGAAUGGGAAAGUUUUGCUGAAUGGGGAGAAGAUCUUGAGGUCAAUGUUGCAAAAGUAGACGUCACAGAUCAGACAGGACUGAGUGGACGAUUUAUCAUAACUGCUCUUCCUACUAUUUAUCAUUGUAAAGAUGGUCAUUUUAGACGCUACCAGGGCCCAAGGACUAAGAAGGACUUCAUAAAUUUCAUAAGUGAAAAAGAGUGGAAGAAUAUUGAACCUGUUUCAGCAUGGUUUGGCCCAGGUUCUGUUCUGAUGAGUAGCAUGUCAGCGCUCUUUCAGCUGUCUAUGUGGAUCAGGACUUGUCACAAUUAUUUUACUGAAGACCUUGGAUUACCAGUUUGGGGAUCAUACACAGUUUUUGCUCUAGCCACUCUAUUUUCAGGACUACUACUAGGACUUUGUAUGAUAUUUGUGGCCGAUUGCCUUUGUCCUUCAAAAAGACGUAGACCCCAGCCAUACCCUUCCAACAAAUUAUCGGAAUCAUCUCUACCGGUGAAAGAAGUGGAGAAGAAACAAGAGGCUGAUGAAGAAGAUGCUUCAGAAGAGGAAGCUGAAAGGAAAGAAGAAACACACAAAGACUUGUCACAGAGUGCCCUCAGACAGCGUCCUGUGGGCCCGUCACUGGCCACAGAUAAAUCCUAGUUCACUUUUAUAGAUAUCUUAAUAUGGUCUUGACAAAACAGAAGAAUGAGCUUUUCUUUUGGGUUGAAAUUAACUGUGAAUUGCUUGCAGAAUUCAGUCUUGAUUGUCAUUGGAUUGAAAGGUCUACUUUCAGAAAGUAAAGUAGCUAAGAACUUUGAAAGUUGUAUUUAAGAACAAAAUGAUGGUUUAUAGAAUUCUUUAAAUUUUUUGAUGAGCUUUUGGAAAUAUCUGGUGCCAAGCAAUGAGAUUUGUGUGUUUAAGUAAUAAAACCUUUCAAGUCUGAGUUGAAAAAUUACAUUUCCCAAGUAUUACAUUAUUGAGGUAUUUAAGGAGAUUAGAGAAAACAGUUUCUCAUCUGAUAUAAUUUUUCUCAGUUUCACUGUGUGAAAAAAAAGAACAUUUCCCAUAAAUGGGAACUUUGCCCCUUGUCUCAAGAAAUGCAUAUAUUAGUAGCAACUCUAUGCUCUUUUUAAAAGGUAGACUACAAAAUUUCUUGUAUUUUUAGGUUAUGCAACUAAUAAAAAUAAUCAUAAAUUUUCUACAUAUAAUUUGUGCUUCCCUAUAGGAAUUGCUACUGAUUUAGGGAGGCUUUUUUUUUUCUCUUAAUCUACUGUGCCGUCUUGAUUCCUAUACAGAUUGCUUGCCUUUCUGUUCCUCUUUGUUCAAUGUAUGGUAUGUACUUUUCUUUUUCUUUUCUUUUUUUGAUUUUUUU